UUCAUGAACUAAAUAUAUUUUAAGCAUCUUGUUGAAAAUAAAAUAUGAAGGUUAGACACACAUUUCGCCACAUUGCUCGUUUACUUAAACAUACAGACGUUACCGGUUUAAAUAAUGUAAGGCAUUUUAUAGCCUGGGAUAGGCAUAAAACAAGCGAUUGGAAAAAAGCGGUGUCAGAUGCUGAGAAAAUAGUGGGGUACCCGACCUCGUUCAUGAGUUUGAGAUGUCUUUUGAGUGAUGAACUUGCUAAUGUGGCAGUACAAGUGAGAAAACUUGUUGGAACAAAGCAUCCGCUGCUGAAAACUGCCAGGUCCUUUCUAGACAAUGGAAAACACAGUCUGCAGACGCGAGGUUUGAUGGUCCUAUUGAUUUCCAAGGCAGCUGGUCCGAUGGAUGCAAAUUGGUCCGAGUGCCAGGAAACAGUUGAUGAGAUGGUUAGUGGCAUAUACCCAAGUCAGAGGCAGCUUGCAGAGAUAACAGAGAUGAUUCACACAGCAAACCUGGUGCACAGAGGAGUUGUUAACCUGGACACACUGAAUGAGACAGAUGGCUCCUACCGUGAUAUGGAGUUUGGAAAUAAAAUAGCUGUCCUCAGUGGGGACUUUCUACUCACUAGCGCCAGCACUGGACUCGCUGAACUCCGCAAUACCAAGGUUGUAGAGCUUGUGUCUAUGGCAAUUGGUGACAUGAUGUCUGCGGAGUUCACAAGUCUUCGAGACCGUGAUGGCCACCCAAUCUUGCCAGAGGGAGCUACCUUCAAGGACUGGGAGAGGCAAACCUUUCUGCAGUCUGGGAGUUUGUUAUCCAGAAGUUGUCAGUCGUCGUUGGAGCUGGCUGGGCAUGUAGAAGAAUUGCAGACUUUGGGUGCACAGUUUGGGGAGAAUAUAGCAUAUGCCAGACAGAUGAAUGAAGACAUCAUGCCAUUCUUGAACCCCAGCUAUGAUCCUAACGGUGUUCUAGCCUCAGGUCCUGUCAUACGGCAUGCAGAGAAACAUGGUCACUCAUCUAUAAACCCCUCAGCUAGCAAGGAGGAGAUAAUCUGCACAGUGAAGGCUGGGGAUUCAGUCGAGUGGUGCAAAGACAAGUGUAGAGACUAUGGAUCCAAAGCAAUGCAAUCUCUCGACUCUUUUGAACCUUCAGAAGCAAGGGCAGCGUUGAUAAACAUUGUGCAAGCCACAACUACUUUUAAAUCAUCAAAGUCUUGAUGUUUUGUUAACAUUUAUGGCCUAAAAUAUUCUCAUCUUGUUGUUAAAGUCAAAUACUUAUACUUUUACCUGGUAAUAAACUAGAAAUGGUGAUGUUCAUAAACUUCAGUUUUAAAUUGACUAGCACCAAAGCAUGCAAUCAGCAUGAUUAGCUAUAAUAUAUUGAUUGAUCAUUGUCCAUCUUCAACAUUAAUGCUUGUAUGUCUCUAAUAAACUUUGAUAAAAAUUUGAUUAUGGUCAGGUCAGGUUAAAAAUAUGUCAGUAGGUCAAACUUUCAAAAACAGUUAACUCAUAGUCCACUUAAGUGUAAAUAACAUUUUCCAUGCAUGAUCAUAAAUUUGCAGAUUUUCAAAGGUUCACCAUUAUGAAACCUUUUGUCAAACAAAAGACCCAGGCCCCAAUUUCUCAAAACUUCUUAAGCUUAACAGGCUUAAGUAGCUUAUUUCCAUUAGCCAAAAUACAUACUUCAAAUGAAUUUUGAUAAAUGGAAAAUAGUUUAUUGUGAUUAUCAAUAAGAUAUUCCUAUCUUAAGUAUAAAAAAACUAAAAUAAAAGGUACAUUUUACCCAAAUUAUUGAAAAAUAAAAAUAGUGAGCUUAGCUUAAUCCUGUUAUCAGGGACUUAAGAAGUUUCGAGAAAUUGGUUUGUAGAUUACGUCAAUGGUCAAAAAUACUUGGCAAGUCUUGGCUGGUUUUAUUCAUUAAGCAUCUCAUUUUCCAAAUUGAUUUUUUUAAAUAAUUCAUACCGGUAGUGAAAUUCAAAGAUACUUAUAAGUGGUCACUUCACGAAACUACUGUUUGCAAAAAAAACUUGCUCAAAACAAAGCACAAUGGCAAGGCUAUUUUGCACCCAAGAAACAGUCAAUUUGUACCGCCUCGGUGGUGCACGCUUCAGACACUGUUUCAACUUAUUUAUGCGACAAUGAUACCAAUGCAAGCUGUACAUGUAUGGAUGUUUUGUGGGAUCCUCUUCAGGAAUUAGUUCCUCCAUGUGUCAAAAUUGGACAUCAAAUAUCCAAAGUGAUUUUUAGUCCAUUUUGUAUCCAAUAUAUUCAAAUUUAUUUUCUUAAAUUCUCAAAUGGAUAAGUUUACAAUAAAUGUGAUUUUUUUAGCAUUUAAUUAUGAUUUUGAUAUUUUUUUAUGAACUUGAUAACACAUUUUAAAGUAACAUAUAAUCUUAAACAACAAAAUGAUACUGUUUUUUCUAUUUAAGUAAUAUCAAGUACAUAUUGAACUAACAAUAUGACUGAACAUUGAUGACACAAUCACCAAAACCUGCGAAAUAUAAAAUUUUAAACAAUUUGCUGCCCUGUUAUUUCAUAACAACACUCCAAAAAGUUUGUAUAACAUAAAAAGACAUGUUUAGAAAAAUGUAAGUCAAAAUGAAGGUACCGUAAUUGCAGAAUUUCAUCAAGCCUGAAUUAAAAUUGACUUACAGCUAAUUCAAUACAUAGCACUUUUUGGACUGUUCUUGUACACUCAGGACAUUUAAGUUAUUUUGUAACAUUAUCAAAUGACAUGACCAACAACAUUAUGCAAUGAAAAAAAAAAUUACACAUUUUACCAAAACGCGCUUAAAACGCACUAAAAAGUGUAUUUUUCCUGCGUUUUUCUGAAAAAGUGUAUUUAUUCUGCGUAUUUUUAUGAAUAACUGCGUAAUAAGUGUAUCUUUUCUAAAUAAGUGUAUUUUUUCUGCAUCUUUUGUUA